AACUUUAGUGAGGUGGCUGUUUGAUACACGGCUAGAGAGUUAAGUUCAGUGCUUCGAUAAGUGGCUUCGUUUGCCUGGUAUUUGUGAAGGACAUAAAACGUUACGAAACUGGGCGACAACAGAACCGAAAGAGACACGUAUAUCGGCGUCAAUCCUGUUUUAGCAUGUCCUCCUCUUCACAUGGGCGGCCGGCAAUGGCUCAAGCCGUGCUACUUCAAAUAGAUCAGGAACUGGAGUCCCACGAGGUUGCUGCUCUUUGCUUUCUCUGCCGAGAUGUGGUCAGUAGGAAGUCACUUGAGAAGGUUCAAGACGCUAAAGGGCUGUUCACUGAAUUGAGUGACAGAGGUCUGCUGGAUCACUCCGGGUUUCUCGCUGAGCUUCUAGAAACAAUAAAUCGCAACGGUCUUCUCAAUGACCUGAGAACCCAUCAUGGAUGGUCGUAUGACACAGAUGCAACACCCAUCCUAUCAGAUUACAGGUCACAUCAUUUAUUUAUGUCUAACAUUCCCAUUACCCUUACUGCAUCAUUUUCUAUGACCUGCAGGAAGAUGCUGUACAACUUAUACGACAAUUGCAGCCAAGAAAGCAUUGAUAAAAUGAAAUUCUUAUUGCUGGAAAGGCUCGGCAAGCGAGCAAUAGAGAAGUGUGAAACGGCACUGGAUGUGUUUGCCGAAAUGGAAAGGUGCUCUUUACUAUCAAAUACUGAUCUUGAUCUACUGCAUGAAGUGCUGUCGCAUGUGGAUCGCAAUCUGGCCACGACUGUGCGCCGUUACAAAGCAGGUAAUUCUCGGACGCCGUCGACCAGACCCCAGAAUCUGGCUCACCAGAGUCAAGAGAGAGUUCGGAAUACAGCACGUCCAAUGCCAGAUCAAGAGCCUGUUUCUGUUGACGCUCAGCCAAUCGUGUCCCCGUCGCUGCCCAAUGAUGAAGACGACGACUACUAUCCUCUCAAUCACGUGCCUCGUGGUCCUUGUGUGAUCUUUAACAAUGAGAACUUCACAAAUUACUUGAGUAAAAGAAGAGGAACCGACAAAGAUGAAGACACUUUGAGGCAGUUAUUUUCCGAUCUUGGCUUCAGAGUGACUGUGUACAACGAUCUAACAGCAAGUCGAAUGCGUGAAGUGCUUCAGGAGCUGAGCACACAGGACUUCAGUGAAGCUGAUGCCUUGGUGGUGCUUGUGCUGUCCCAUGGAGAAAAUCAGAUCGUGUUUGGAUCCGACGCAGGGAGGGUGACCCUCAAAGAGCUGACGCAUCCCUUCAAGAGUAACCUGGUUCCCAGUCUGGCCAGGAAACCCAAACUCUUCUUCAUCCAAGCGUGUCAGGGAAACGACUUUCAAACCGGAUUGAAUCUCCCACCAACGCAACUGAUGGCGGAGGCGCAGUUGGCAAGCGACAACUUACAGGAGGAUGCAGGGCCCGUGCUGGGGGAGACCAUUCCCGCGCAGGCUGAUUUCCUUCUUGGCAUGGCCACAGUCCCGGAACAUCGAUCGUUCAGACGCAUCACCUCUGGCUCUAUUUACAUCCAGGAGCUGUGCAAGCAGCUGAGGAUUUCUGCUCAAAGCCCAAGAGACGACGACAUUCUCACUGUGCUUACGCGCGUGAACCGAGAAAUCAGCAAACAAGAUUUUAUGCAACACAAACAGAUGCCGGAGCCCAAGUACACUCUCACCAGGAAGCUGGUCCUCAAACUUGUUCAGUGACAUCGAUCAAGACUGCAACACUGCAAAUAGCUGGAUUCACUUUCAUCCUAAUGUGUCAAAUCGCAUGGUGACAUCUCAACAUGAUGUUAGUGUCAAAUCUAAAUGCGCUCAUAUUUUUAUAUUUCAUUCUAUUUUACAGAUUCUGAUCUGUGCCAUAUUUGAAUUAACUGAGCAUGUGAUGAAUGUCUGGCAGUCUUUUUGUUUUCAUUUACUGUUGUGACCUGACUUUCAGGGAGGAUCUUUCGAUUAGAGUGUAGCUCCAGUGUCCUUUUUUUUCAUGAGCGCACAGGCUUUCAAUCGUGUAGUCCUCUCUACAAAUGGUGUGAAAGGUGGGUCUGGUGCCUUCUAAAACAAGUGCCUUGUUUGUUUGAAGAUACCAGAGGAAUAAAAAAAGUCUUACUUGA